AUGGAACCUUUUUUAGUUCGUGAUAUGAUCGAUGAUACCAAUGAGUUGCUUUCUACGUUGGCAAUUCAAAAGGGAUUGGAGUUGAGCUUUAUUGUUGAAGAGAAUGUUCCUGAGGUUGUUUGCGGUGAUAGAAUAAGAUUACGUCAAGUAUUAUUGAAUAUUAUUGGCAACGCGAUCAAAUUUACAUCAAAAGGCGAAGUUUUUUCUAGAUGUUCAGUAGAGUCGUUUUCAAAAACCGAUGAUGGUAAAAAUGAAGUGAUGUUAUUGUUCGAAGUUAUUGAUACUGGCGAGGGUUUUGAUGCUAUGGCAGAAGCAGUUAUGUUUAAACCAUUUUCGCAAGUUGAUACUUCGUCAACUCGAAAACAUGAUGGUAGUGGAUUAGGUUUAGUGAUAUCGAUGCAACUUGUUGAGUUACAUGGCGGCAAAUUAUACUGUAAGAGUCAAAAGGGUGUUGGCUCAGCCUUUUACUUUACUGCAAAAUUUACAAUACCACCUGACUCGACCAUGCCACGUCCACAAACCCCAACAUCCGAAGUAUCAAAUUCACCAUUUUUCCGCUGUAGUAAGGUUUCAGUCCAAGUCUCAUCUAAACAUAGUUCGGACAGCAUAAUUACGCCACCCUCAUCAGGAAAUUCUUUACCAUCAUUUAAUAAUAUCCUUGUUAAGCCAACAACAAUUGAUUUACCUCGUACUAAAUGUGUGCUUAUUGUUGCCGACUUAUCAAAUUCUCGUAAAGCCAUAGUUCAUUAUGUUUGUUCGAUUCUUCCAAAAACACCUGUACCCGAGAUUGACAUUGCUAAUGAUUACGCCGAAGCUUAUGAAAAAAUCAGCAAUUUAAAAUUUUAUUCGCACAUUUUGAUAAAUUUAGUUUCACAAUCACACGUGAUCUCACUUGCAUCAACCAUCAAACAUUCAAAUCACUUAUCACUAACAGCGACUGUGAUCUUAACUACACAGAUACAACGUGCUGGUAUAGUUGAAGGGGCACAAGGUGAAUUUCCAGAACAUGUUGAUUUUAUUUUCAAGCCAUUGAACAGGAGUAAAAUGGAGGGGUUGUUUGAUGAUACGACCACUUUCAGAGAUAGUUUCUUGAAGAGAAGAAACACACAUAAGGUUGUUGCUAGUCAAAAAGAAGUAGGAUUAGAAGUAACUGUAGCUGUUAAUGGUGAUCAAUGUUUAGAACAAUUUUUUUCGCAUCCUCAUAAUUAUUUUUCUUUUAUUUUGUGUGAUCUGUUUAUGCCCAAAAAAGAUGGUUAUGAAACAACGAUCGAGAUUAGAAAAUGGGAAGCUGAAAAUUUAAAAGAUUUAGAUGACGACACACCAAUCCCAAUAAUAGCAUUGUCAGCAAAUGUAAUGUCCGAUGUUGUUUCAAGAUGCUUAAAAGUAGGAUUUACAGAUUAUGUCAGCAAACCUGUAAAUUUUGCAAUUCUAAGUAAUGUAAUAAGAAGCAUAUUGAAACUUGAUAACAAAAAUGUAACAACUAAAUAA